UUUUUUUUAAAUGUACUCUCAAGCAAUCCAUUCUUCCUCGUACUUUUACUCUGAGAGAAAGUCUGCUGGUUGUUAAACAAAAGUCGCCUCAGGGUUAAGAGUUCAGUGCCCUUCUUUAUCCCCUUGUGGUCGGGCUAAGGCAAACAGAAUCAGCAUGCUUGGCCAGCAGGCAGAUUGGAUCAUGGCCCUCGGUGAAUGGGAAGAAUACUGGCAACGGAACGACAUUGGCUUCCAUCAGCCCCAAGUGCAUAAGAUACUAAAGAACAAUAUCGACAAAGUUCUCAAUGGACGAAAAGGAGUUCGCUUCUUCUUCCCUCUGUGUGGGAAAGCAGUAGAUAUGAAGUGGCUAGCAGACAUGGGCCAUUCAGUGGUUGGAGUGGAGAUUUCUGAAAAGGCUAUUCGUCAGUUUUUUGAGGAGAACAACAUGACGUACACUGAGGAGCCUGUGCCUGCUAUACCUGGAGCAAAGGUUUACAAGGUUGGUGAACUUCAUAGAAAAAACAUCUCCCUGUAUCAGUGUGACCUGUACACCUUCGCCUGUUCAAUUGAGGGCCAGUUUGGAGCAAUUUGGGACAGGGGCUCUCUCGUGGCCAUCAACCCAGCAGACAGAGAGAAGUAUGCAGCUCUCAUUAUUUCUCUGAUGGCCAAAGACUGCAGAUACCUCCUGGAGACUCUUCUGUACAAUCCUGAUUUAUAUGAAGGUCCUCCUUUUUUUGUACCUGAUGAGCAGUUACACAGUCUGUUUGGAACCAGCUGUGACAUAGAGUUGCUGCAGUCACUGGAUGCCAUGACAGACCUACAGCGACAGUGGGGGCUGGAUAAAUUUACUCAAAAUGCGCACCUCAUCACUCCGAAGGGCAGCUAAAGACUAGGAUCCCAGUUUGAAGAGCUUAAGAAAGCCGAUCCUGGUGAAGGAAAUCCUAGGGAGAAAAGUAAAGGGCUAAAUGAGUUUUUUUCAGUUCCUGAAAGUUUUUAAAAAUAAUACUUUUAAAUGGAACAAAAUGUUUAUAAUACCUCAGUUAUUAUACACUUUAAAUAAGUUAAUAAAUAACUUAUAAAACAUUUACAAAAUGUGUGAGGGUUUUUUACGAGUUGGAUAGCUGUUUUUGUUGUAUUUUUUUAUUAAUUGUGUUCUUUUAGGACAUACUAAAAAUAAAACCAUAUAUAGAUUUUAGGGGCCUUUAAUGUUAUGACAACCAAUCAAGUGGUUUUAGAAUAAAGUGAUACAGAUCUGGUGUAUUGCCACAAGUCAAAAGCUUAAAUCCCAAGAGUCUUGUUGGAUUUAUAAGUAGUGCUAAUUACGACCAGUCACAUCUACAGCAUCUGACGCUUUCGAAUUUAAUUGUGAGCCAAUGGCCAGUUUUCAGGAGUCAACAAUAUAAAUGAUACUGGACUCUUUCCAUGUCACUGUUUUGGUGUUAUUUGCCUCACUGGUUUGUUUUAUGCAUCAUUGGUACACUAUAACAUAAAGAAGGAUGUGAAUGUGGGACUA